AUGGAACCGUGCCGGACUGGAAUUCAGGAAGGGACACGUUCACAUAGCUCCGUAACCCCGUGUAAUCGCAAUUCCGUUUUGUCCCGAGACAGUUGCAUCCCAGAACCCUGUUCAGGAACUAAUUUAAGUGGAUUUUGUUAUUCUCAAAGUCAACGGCGCCAGAAUCCAGCGGUCACUGUCAACGCUGAUAUCGGUGUUGCUCCAGAUAGCUGUGUGACUGCGCCAGGGGUUUGUGACAGGAACGAAGGUUUGAAUACAAAAGAAGGGCUGCUUGCUAGAAAGAAAAGUCAGAGUUCAGCAUAUUCAAAGUCAAAGUCUUUGGAAAUCUGUGCAAAGUGUCGAACGGAGAUAGCCAACGAAUUCGUCUCCGCUUUUGGAGAUAUUUAUCAUCCUCAAUGUUUUACAUGCCAUGACUGCCAAAAAGUUUUAUCCCACGAAUUCUUCCCGGUGCAUGAGAAAAACGGACCAGUUCCUCUUUGCGAGACAGAUGUCUUUCGCCGAUUAGAUAUGCUAUGCAGUAAAUGCGGUGGUGCCCUACGAGAUUUAUACAUCAGUGCAAUCGGACGAAAGUACCACAUGAACCAUUUCACUUGCCAUUCCUGUCAAAAGAUCAUUGGAUCCGGUGAUAACUACUACGUUCAUAGAGGACAGGCUUAUUGCAAGGACGACUACUCAGCGAAAUAUGCGGAUCCUUGUGACAGCUGCGGGAUGCCUGUUAUGGAUCAAUAUAUCAAGGAUUAUUCACCAAAAAAGCGAGUAUGGCAUGACCGUUGCUAUAAGACUCAUAAACGUCACAAUCCUGACUCGUCCCUGGCGGAAUUACCUCUUCUAGAUGACCAUGAUACCGAACCUUCAACUAGUGAGGAGGAGAAAAUUCUGAAUAAGUUUGAAGAGAUGGUUAUUUCGCUUAUUGGCGACAGCCUUGGGCAUCUCGAAUCCGGUUCCAGAGAGGAAAUAUCAGAUGGCAUAUUAGCUCUGAUUACUGCUGUUGGAGUUCUCUUUUCCUCGAUUGACAUUGUUGAUGACUCUAGGCGAAAGGCCGGCAAACCACCUUUAUCCGACAGCCCAGAAAUCGACCUGCUGAGGGCGAAGCUUACCGAUUUCAUGACGGUGUCUCUGUCCAGAUCCCAGCAGCGGACAAGGUCAAUGUCAAGUCAUCUCAAAGGAAUAUAUGCGGCAAGCUCUGGCCUAUCUUAUUUCAUCAAAAGGGUCAUCAAGAUCCUGGGGGAAAAUGUGCUCAAUAAUGAUCCAUCGGGUACACUUGACGAAUAUCUGAAUUCCUUAGACCAGUUCCCGGAAGACUUACCAUCAACAGCGAUGGUCUUCUCCAAAUCUGAGCUUAAUAGGGAUGAUGCAGAACUGUGUCUGGCCUGUAAUGUUCCCAUAAGGACGGAAUGCGUGAGCUGGGGCGGGUAUCUACGACGCCAACAUCUAACUUGCAAAAGCUCCUGCGUGCACUGCGAUACCUGCGAUACUCCAGAGAAUCUAUAUCGAGUAUUAAUUAGUACCCCCGGUAAUAGCUACGCACUAUGUUGCACCAGCUGCCAGGAUAUAAGCAUAUCGGGCUACACCAACCCAGACUCUGUGAUACCAUGUACAUAUAUUACCAAGCUACAGCAAUACAUAUUCCUCCUCAGGGUGCAGUUUAAACGACUCGGAAACUCCCCAGAUGCAAGUUAUGACUAUAUCCAGACGGCAACAGCGACGCGGACAACGCCUCCUCUUGAGAAACCCUCCAAGCCGUUGGAUAAAGGUAUUUUUGGCCGACUGUCAUCCAACAGCGAUCUCAUCGCCGAGGAACAGAAGACAAACAAUAUCCGGGAUCGGACAGCGGCGGACACAUUUGCGAUUGGCUCGAAGAUUGGGAGUUCUUAUCAAGGUUUGAGGAAAGGGUUCUUUGGCAGGUCGAGGAACAAUAAGAGCCAUAUCCGGCGAAAAACGGCAGAGAAGAUCAUGCAAACGCUACACUAG